AUGGCAACCCGCUCCGUCCCCCAACUCUCCCUCGAAGCAGCCCAAAUCGCCUCCAACGCCGCCCAAGAAAAAGCCAAACAAUUAGGAAUAGAUUUCAACAUCGCCCUCGUAGACUCGACUCUCCACCUCCUCCAUUUCACCCGCAUGCCAACAGCAAAACUCACUUCAAUUUCCAUCGCCAUCAACAAAGCCUUCACGGCCGCAGGACAUCGCAUUCCAACAUCCGCGUACACGACGGGAGCAGCAGCGAAAAAUUUCGCGCCGGGAGGCGUCGCGUAUGGGAUUCAUAAUUCGAAUGAUGGGAGGUUUACGUUGAUUGGGGGUGGGGUGCCGAUUGAGAUUGAGGGGCAGGUUGUAGGGGCGAUUGGAGUGAGUACGGGGACGCCCGGGCAGGAUGAGGAGGUGGCGAGGGCUGGGGUGGAGGCGGUGGGGAGGUGGGUGAAGAGGAAGGAGGGGAGUAAGUUGUGA